UUGUCUCUGCUCAAGGCGAGAGUGGCAUAAAAAGCUGCGUUCUUGGACUCUUCUAGGCGAGAUUCUCUAAUAUGACUGUGCUCGCUUCCGCCCGCUUCAAGGUUUGGGGUUUAAGGUAGCCGCCGAGGCGCAAGGGAAUUGCUAUGUAUGCCCGACUCCUGGCGCUGUUCCUGUCGCUUCACGAGCUCCUGGGACAAACGAUCCCGCACAGAGGUCCUCACCCCUCCGUCCCGGAUGUAGAAGGGGACCUCCUCUUCCUGCUGGACAGCUCCGGCAGCGUCUCCUACUACGAAUUCUCCCGAGUCAAGGAGUUCAUCGCAGACCUCCUCCGACCCUUCACCUUUGGCCCCCAUGACGUCCAGACCAGCGUGGUCCAUAUCAGCACCGUCCCCACCAUGGAGUUCCCAUUUGACCGCUACCUGUCCAGCGGGGCGGUCCAACACGCCAUCCGGGGCAUCCAACAGGUGAUGGGGGACACCAACACGGGCAAAGCUCUUUCCUUCGCCAAGGAGAAGCUCUUCACGGGAGAGGCCGGCGCUCGGCCCGACGUGCCCAAAGUCCUGGUGUGGGUCACCGAUGGGUUCUCCACAGAUGACAUCUCCCGGCCCAUGCAGCUUCUCAAGGACUUGGGGGUCACAGUUUUCAUCAUCAGCACGGGGCGGGGGAACUACUUGGAGCUGUCGGCCGCAGCCAGCCAGCCACCGGAGAAGCACCUCCAUUUCGUGGACGUGGACGACCUGCCAAUCAUUAUCAAGGAGUUGAGAGACUCCAUGACAGACGUCAUCCAGGCGAAACGUCUGCGCGCCACGGAGAUCUCUUCGAGCAGCUUCCGUCUCGUCUGGCCCAAGCUUCUCACGCGCGACACCGGCUAUUACGUGCUGGAGUAUGCCCCUACCGGAGAGCCCAGGCGGAAGCUGACCAAACAGCUGACGGGUGACCACACCACCAUCCUGGUGGGCGGCCUCGUGUCCCAGACCACCUACGAGGUCGCUCUCAUCCCUGAGUCCAAUGAGAGGUACAUCCCGCCUCAAACCACCAGAGUCACCACUUUGGAAGAGAUCAUCAGCCCGGCCCGGGUUCUCAUCUCGGAAUCCAAAGCCCACAGCGUCCGGGUCAGCUGGUCGCCCACCCUGGAAAGCGUGGCCUCCUAUCAAGUCUUGUACGGGCCUCUGCCCGCCAACUCCGUCAAGCUGGCAGUGGUGGAUGGGGGUCAGAACACCACCGUUCUGGAGAACCUGGCAGCCAACACCACCUAUUUGGUGACCGUCUCGGCUAUUUAUAAGUCAGGGAAAGAGAGAGCUCUUUCCGCCAAGGCCUGCACACAGGAAGAAAACUCCAAGGUAAAGCACCUCCGCUUCGAAGACCUGGGCCCCAACACCCUGAAGGCCUCUUGGGACCCUGCAGACGGCGCCGUUCUUGGCUACCGGGUCAGGUGCCGGCGGCAGGCGGGCCCCUCGAACCUCCUCAGUGUCUCGCCGCAGAUCCACAGCGUCCUGUUGUCCAACCUCACCGCGGGCAGCGCCAACAAAGUGUGCGUCAAGCCAGUGUACAGGAACCUCCCCGGGAAGGGCUUGUGUCGGAUGGCGCACGUGCAGCAGGCCUCGCAAGUGAGAAGCUAUCGUCAUCGACCGAGAGCCUGAGCCCCCCUCCCAGAUUGAGAAGCGCCUCUGUGGAACAGAGGGGAAAAUACGGGACGAGAAGGGAAAAGUGGGGGAUCCCAAACCAGGAAGGGAUCCAGCUCCCCCUUACCUGCUCCACCCCUCCCCAAGCACUCUGGCUCCCUCUAGUGGCCAUCCGUUCCCAAAACUUAGCUUGAUGUCGAGAAAAAUGGCUCUCGCUUAGAGGAUGGAUUUCACCCGCCACGACCGGCUGUUCGGCUACCGGUCUCUUCCAGGCGGGCCAAAGACUGGGGAUUCCUGUUACCUUAAAUGUACUCUUAUUUAUUUGUGUCCACGUUUUUGUUUUAGCUGUGGAAAGAAGCACAAAGAGUUACCCGGCUCUCGUAGUCAGCCCCCCUUUUCGAGCUUUGAUCCCAAUGUAAUUGCUACGAAACAGUGUUCCUGCUGUUGCAUAACCCCGAACUGGGUUGCGCUGCGGUUCGGCGGGAGGGGAGAUUCUCACAGGCACAAGGCGGAUAAAUCUGAAUCCUUGGGGAGUGGGCCAGCUACAGAUGGUAGGAUUAAAAUAGCAGUUUGUUGUUUCUUUUAGAGGGAAGGGGGAGAACAGAGGAAAAUGGAGCUUGAGAACUUAGUCUCUCCUGGUCCUUUUUGGGUAAUUUCUUGUAAACCGGGAAUCCUUUCCCUCCCAGAUCCUUCUCAACUUUGCCAUGUAAUUUUUGACCCAAUGUGGUAACGGUCGCUUUCCCCUGUGUUGUAACGCAUCCUCCGGAAGACAGUGAAUUAAACAGGAGAACGAAGACCCCUUGACCU